AUGACACCAGCUAGAGAUACACGGUCGACGCAGUUCCAUUUCCUGGAGACUGAAAGUGAAAGACACUCGUGGAUUCCGAGUCGCUCGCGGGUAGCGAGACCCCGGGUCCGCGUGGACUCAGGCACCCGCGGCUCGGAGGCCUCCCCAGAGGCCAGAGAGCCGGUAGACCGGCGUGCGUGCGUGCGUGCGUGCGUGCGGGCGGGCGGGCGGGCGGAGGUGGGCGGCCCGCGCCAGGGCCACGCGUUUCCGGUCCCCCGCCUUCCCAGGACAAGUGCUCCCCGAGUACCGGCGGCACGGAGUGGCGGGUGUGGGGCAGGGGCCCGGAGCGGGGAUGCCGCGUCGGGGCGGAGGCGGUGCUCCCUCCGCGUAGGUCCCCAAGACCCCACCGGCCGCCGCUCUCAUGGCGAUUCUCAGCUCCGCCUGCACGUUAGGAUGAACUGGAGCGCUUUUCAACUCCGCAGAGCUGGACGCUGCCACCGGAAAGGCUCAGCUGGUGCGCGGUGGAGCCGGAGAAUUCCUGUUUUUCAGAGCUUCCCGGGUGAUUCCCGCCGCCAGCCACCGGCUCCAUUAUGGCUCAGCAUGGCACUGCCCCCAGCCCACAGACUGAAGCAGAUACCUAAUCACAAUUGCUACCUUACCACGACCUUCUUAUCUCAUUGAGGACUCUGAGAGAAGUCUGACUACUCCGAGACCACCAUGUGGUGAGGGAUGUCCAGCCAGACCCAGAUGUUCCAGCCUUCGCAGACCAGGCCCCUGACAUAGGAGUGAAGAAGCCACUGUGGACAUUCCAGCCUCAGGAGACGUGACAUGGAGAGGAACCGAGGACCCCAGCCGACAGCCAGAACAGACACUCCAGCUGUGUGGCCCUGUGUGAGCCAUCUUUGCCAUGUCCCGUUGCUAGAUCCACUCCCGCUGAGGCCCCAGCUGUCCUGGAAAAGGGAUGAGCAGUCCCCACUGUGCCCUGCCUCACCCAUAAAAUUGUGUAAAUUUAAAAAUGCUGCAGGGGAACAGAAACUAGAAGCAGAGGCACAAAAGAGAAUAGA